AGAUCCAUAUGGAUUAAAUAAUGUAUUUCCAGAUUACAUUAUAUUGAAAGUAUUAUUUUAAGGAGAGUAUGUAAAUAAAGAGCUAUAAAAGUUCGUUUGGUGAGGCAGCUAUUAAGUUAGACACAGCAAGAUCAUCGACUGUUUAUGCAUUAGAAUAGACUCAUUUAAUAUAUUUGAAUGAAAUGGCAUAUUUAGAAUUAAUUAAUCCUUAUAUGAGUGCUGCAUUAGAUAAUAAAAUAAAUUAUUUUUCAAAAAGUCCAUUAUUUUAAAAUAUUGAACCUUAAGAAUUUAUGGGUAUAAUUUUAGAAUGUAAAAUGAUUACAUAUCAUGCUGGUGAAAUUAUAUUUAAAGAAGAUGAUAAACCUACUCAUUUAUAUUUUAUUAUUGAUGGUGAGAUUGAAUUAUCUAAGAAAGUAGGAGAAAAAAGAAUAAUUUUAUCAUCAUAUGGAUAAUAUUAAGGAUUUGGAGAAGUUGAAAUAAUGUUAAAGAUAUCUAGAUUUACAUAAGCUAAAGUUAUUACACCAAAAUUACAUGUUUAUAGAAUAAGAAAGAGAUAAUAUUUUGAUAAUUUAGGUAAUUAUUAAAUUUUUGAAACAAUGAAAAAGAAUUCAAAUCUUAUAUUUAAACAUUGGUAAAAUAGAUGUGAAGUUGCUUAAUAAACUAUUCAUUAAUAAGAUGAAGUAUAUUUAUUUUAUUUAUAAUCAGAUUUUUAAGGCUGCUCAAGAUGUUUAAUAAAAUAAACCAAAUUUUUAAGCUAAACAUAUACUUAAUAAGAAAUUAGUUGAAUCUUAAGGAUAAAAACUAUAAUAAGUGAAAUUAUUAUAGAAUAUAACAGAUGAAGAUUUAAAGAGUAUCAAAAUAGUUAAUACUCAAAAUCAAAGUGUAUUAUAAAAAGUAUAUAGCAAUACUUUGCAAUAAUAUUAAGCUAGAUUAUUAUCAAAACCUUAAGUUGUAUAAUAAUCUCAUGAUGAAAAUUGUAUAAGAAAUCCAUUUACAAUAAAAACAUAAGCAGAUUAUUUAAGUGAAAAUAGUACAGAGUUAAAUUCAAUAACAACUAGAUCAUCUUAACCUGUAAUUAGAACUGAGAAUGUUCAUUAAUCUUAUGGAUAAUUACCUUCAAUUCAUAUUCCAUAAAAUCUUCCAUUAUAAAUUGUUUUUGAUACUCUUAGCACACUUCCUAGAGUAAAUAAGGAUAAUCUUGUUUUAUCUUUAAUGUAUUAAUAAGCUUUCAAAUCAGAGAAUCCAGAAAAAAAAGCAAAAUAAAUUUAAAAAGUAAUUUAAGCAUCUUAUAGAAAUGUUUAAAAAUAAUUUGAAUCAAAAAUGAUACCUACAAAUGAAAUUAACAAUAUUAGUAAUAAUUAGUCUAUUGAUAAACGUAGAUUGAAAUUUAAAUCUAGUGGAUCUAAUGAUCUAAAUUCAACUAGAAGCAAUUAUGUGAGUUUUGUUCAAUAAAAAUAAUUAUGUUCAUAAAUUAAUUGA